AUGGCGUUCGUUCGUCUGGCUCAGUUGCGGCCCCAGCCGUUCCUCUUUGCCCCCACCGCAGUCCAUCCUCUAGCUAGCAGCCUUGGACAAAUCGACAGCUGCUCGUCCUCGCCAUCACCGUCGCCGGUUUUGCAGGAAGCUAUCCCCCCAGACUUUGGUGAAGUCGAUCCAGAAGCCUCCGUCGACGGCUACAUCUUCAUCCUCGGUUCACCGGAGAAGUUCCUCAAUGCUGGCUUCGUCAACCCUUUUCAACCGUCGCAUAGCGCGAUCAGUCCAUCCCGGCUCCAUGUGGUCGUGCUCGGCUCGCCUCUGGUGCAUCCCCUAGGUGGCCUGCUCGCCGGCGGCUUCGGCGAGGUCUUCUCCAUGCCUCCGUGCCACGUGGUCUUCUUCGUCGUCCUUCGAGUACGUGACGCGUGGAAGUUUACGUGUCUGGUUUCUCUUUGGAGAUUUCGCUGUAAUUUAGUCCUUAUUUGA